CUAUGCACCUCCGCGUUCCUGAGUGAAUAGGCUUGUGAUAUUGUCUGAUGAUUUAUCAAAAUUAUUUUAAAUAAAAAUAAUAGUUAGAGGAAUAGCCUCGGGUAUUUAUUUACCCAAAAAGUGAAAUAGAUAUUUAAAAAUUUAUCCCAGUAAAAGUUUUACAUAUCAUCAAUAUGCUUUCGGAGCAGUCCAUUCUCACCGAACAGUUACCAAAUAAUUCUGAAAAUAUGCCCUUGGGAUAUAUAAUAUCAGAUGAUGGCCGAACUCUACUGGCAGUCACAGAGCGAGACGGUGGUGUCCUGGAAUUUAUGCCAGUACCAGUAACCAUACAGCAAAACAACGUGAUAUCUGCUGGGCCAUUGAAAACUAGUGAAGGAAAUACCGUAUUUCAAAUAACUCUCGAGGGGAUGGAAGACUCGACAGGUCAAGCAACCGCAUCAGCUCUAUUUCCAAUGGAGAAUUAUCAUUCCUUACCAAUGGUUCAAGAAGAGGAGCAAGAGAGUUCUUAUUCGCACAAGGAAAUACUACUGGACCCUUCAAACACCAUGCUUUUUACAGCAGCUGAGGAGUCCAGUGAGACUAGUAACUUAGAUCCUAAGAAUUUUGAACCAUUCGAAACUCCAUUACUUGAAGUUACACCCCCCUCACCUCCUCUUGCUCCGGUAAAAAGAACCCCAGGAAGACCCAGAAAAGACGGAAGCACGCCACCGGCAGCGCACCCCAACAACUUAAAAUGUAAAAUAUGCGGUAAGGGAUUUACCAGACUCAUGUUACUCCGAAGGCACCUCGAGCAACACGCGGAAGAAAAGCCCCAUCGGUGUCCAAAGUGUCCCGCAUCUUUCAACGUUCCUACUAAUUUCACGCUUCAUAUGGCAACGCACAACAUAGGUGAACCAAAGUGUCCAGAAUGUGGGAGAAAGUUUGCGCGAAUGGCCAGUCUGAAGUCCCAUAUGUUAAUGCAUGAAAAGGAAGAAAAUCUUUUCUGCACCGAGUGCGAAGACGCCUUCACGACAAAGGCCCAGUUAGACGCCCAUUUGAAACUGCACAAUGAGAAAUGGACGACUGAGGAUGUGAGAAAAUGUAAACUUUGUAACAAACAGUUUACACAGCCAGCUCUUUACCGUUUACAUAUUCGUGAGCACUACAGAUUACAAACUAAGCUGGUCAAACAGACAAAAAAAGGUGUCAAACAGAAGACCAUGUACAAAUGUAAAAUAUGUUUGAAAUCCUUUCAAAAACCAAGUCAGCUUGUACGGCACAUCAGGGUUCAUACGGGGGAAAAACCCUUCCAGUGCACGAUUUGUUCUCGAGCGUUCACACAAAAGGGAUCUCUCCAAAUACACAUGUGGAAACACGAUGGAUUUAGACCGCAUAAUUGUAGCUCAUGCAACGCGACAUUUAGUCAAAAAGGAAACCUGAACGCCCAUAUAUUAAGGGUGCACAAUGUGCCGGAUGGAAAGCCUUAUUACAAAUGUACAUACUGUCCGUGUACGUUUAAAAAGUUAGGAAGUCUUAAUGCUCAUAUGAAAAAAAUGCACUCGAACCCAGCAAAGAAACCACAAAACUGCGACAGCUCUACCGAAGACAUGCAAGCCACCGUUGAUACGGUCAUGUCUCAGCUAGCGUUAUUGGAAUCAAGUGUGAAGAAUCCAGAAGCAGAUUCUACUGCAAACAAGCCACCUAAUAAAGACAUAUUACAACAGGCUCUGAAGAACAGCGGAUUGCCUAGCAAAGACAAAGAUUCAAAUAGUGGAGAACAAAUACCGAAGAAAGGAGAGGCACAGACUACUAUGGUAACCCUACUGGAUAGCAGUAUAGAUAGUGAUACAAGAAAAUAUGUUACGAUAAAACAACGGUCUAUAGGAAAUAUAAGAUGGUACAUGUGUUCCUACUGCUACAAAGAAUUCAAAAAACCCUCAGAUUUGAUACGUCAUUUGCGUAUCCACACUCAGGAAAAGCCCUUCAAGUGUUCAUAUUGCUCUCGCUCUUUCGCCGUUAAAUCGACAAUGAUUGCACACGAAAGAACCCAUACUGGAGUCAAAAAAUACAUGUGUUGUAAUUGCAAUAAAAUGUUCGCCUGCCAUAGCAGUUUAACUACGCACAUGAGGGUACAUGCAGGCGUAAAACCUUUCACCUGCAGUAUAUGUGAUAAAUCAUUUAGCGCUAAUAAUCUCCUGAAAAGUCACAUGAAAUAUCAUGCCAAGGGGAAGACAAAAGCUAGCCGCGAGGCCGAAGUUCUUGCGCCUUCGAUCGUUCUUGAGGAACCAUUGAUAAUAACGGAUGCAGGGAAUAAGAUCAGUAUUGCUCAAGUGCAAUCGAAACAUCAACAGGUUUAUAAUAGCAAUGAUGUUGCCAGACCCCAUAAGUGUUGGGCUUGUACAGCUGCGUUCAGAAAAGUGAGUCACCUGAAACAGCAUUUUCGGAGACACACCGGAGAACGACCGUACAAGUGCCAAAAAUGCAACAGGAGGUUCACUUCAAACAGCGUUCUAAAAUCGCAUCUGCGAACACACGAAGGAUCGAGACCUUUCAAUUGUACAACCUGUAAUGCUAAAUUUUCAACGCAAAGCAGUAUGAAACGUCACCUUGCGACACACAGUAAUAAGAGACCUUUUAUGUGCCCUUAUUGUCACAAGACUUUCAAGACUUCUGUUAACUGCAGAAAACACAUGAAGAUCCAUAAGCAAGAGCUUGCACAGCAGCAAUUGCAUCAGCAACAGUCACAACAGCAGGAAGCUAAUCAAUUGGGAGAAAAAACCGAAAUUCAAGUGUUGCCCGAAAGUGUCGCGCUGCCCGGAAAAAUGGAAGUUACUUUUCAACCUCAGAUGGCACCUGAUUUCUCACAAGCAUUUUCGGACCAAUUUCAUACAAUUAACAUAGAAAAAGAUAAGACCUUACACCCCCAGAAUGAUGAAAUACAACCAAUUAACAGUCAAACUUUACCAGCUGUUGAGUCUGUUAAUUUAGGGUCUUCUCAGACCCUACAUGCAGACGAGACAGGGACCAUUACUUUGCCAAAUUACUCUGGGGACCAGACUCUCACACCGGAAAGUAUAAGAGAGAUUGAAGAAACUCUCAACCAGCAACUCUUCAAUAUUGGCAUGAAUCUUGGUCUUGGAGGCACUCUGACAAGGCAGAUAAAUGAGACCUCAUCCACCUCCUUGGAAGCCCGUGAACAACCUAUCCUCAACAUAAUUUAUGAAAAUACAAAGAACCUAGAUUCCUCAACGGGUGCCACAAUGAAUACGGGAAUGUUCGCGCCUCAAUUCGAGUCUUUCGACAUGAGUCAUAUCACACUUCAGGCGGAUAACGAAUUGGACAUCGGUAUUAAUCCAGCGAAUUCGACAAGCAUGGCAAGUAUUCUACCUCAGUCUGCCCAGGAAGAGCAGCAUUUGGUAUCUGUUACAACAACGACCUCUGCAACAGAGGACAAUCAAUCCAAGCAACCGAGACACUUGAUGGUUGUUAGUUCCAUGCAAACCUGCCCUGAAUUAUCUCGCCCAGUACAGGCAUGCCCUAAAUACCCAAAAGUCAUAGCCAAAGCAGAUACUACUGAUGGCUUGGACAUCCAGUGCUCGGAAGAAGCUGUUAAGGAUAUUAAUAAAUUGGAAACCUUGAUACCUGAGAAAGUAGGCCAAGUUCUCUCCUACUCAUGCGAAAUCUGUGAUAAAAGUUUUGAUAAACAGAUACAGCUAAGGAAUCAUAAGAAAAUUCAUACAACAACUAAGCAAAAAUCCACCAAAAACUCUCUUAUUCCUACUAUCGAAUCAGAGAAUCUCCUGCAAUGUCACAUGUGUAGUAAAUCUGGAUUCACCACAGCUGCUCUGAAGGAUCAUCUGAAAACCCAUCGAGGAACCAAAGAAUUUCAGUGUACCGAAUGCCCUUUGAGGUUUCGCACUAAUGGAGGCCUUAGCAGACAUGUGAAAGCUCACACAAUUAAACCACAAUGGAAAUGUCCUACAUGUGAUUUGACAUUCCAAAAAGAAGCGGAAUUGAUUAUUCACGAAGAAGUUCAUCAGAACACUACAGAUUCGAGCCCAAAAAUGGAACCUGAUAGCUCUCAAAAAGCUCCAUUAACAAUAGAUGGUACCUAUCUAGCCCAUCCGGAAUUAGAUUUAGGAAGUAAUCCUACACUUUCAGAAAGAGUUUUCAUGGAUGCUGUAGCUGAGAAAGACAUGGAUCAUGAUUUAAAGAAGGAUAAGAAAAUCUAUACAAACAAAUGCAAAUACUGUCCAAAAACCUUUCGCAAACCGAGUGAUCUUGUGAGACAUAUAAGAACGCAUACAGGAGAGAGACCUUACCAGUGUGAAUAUUGUAACAAAUGUUUUGCCGUCAAGUGCACUUUGGACUGUCACAUGAAGGUACAUACUGGAAAAAAGACUUUCUCCUGCCACGUUUGUAACAGCCUUUUCACAACCAAAGGAAGCCUCAAAGUGCACAUGCGAUUACACACAGGUUCCAAGCCGUUCAAAUGUCCUUCCUGCGAUUUAAGAUUCAGAACUUCGGGGCAUAGAAAAGUUCACUUGUUAACUCAUAUGAGGGAGCACAAGAAUCCUUCUAAGCCUAGGACGAAGGUACGUAAGGUUGCUGCUAUUGCUGAGGUUGCUGCUGAACUAGAGAAGACUGUUCAAAGUGCUGUUAACACUGAGAUAACAGCUCCUGAAGCCACAGAAUUUCCAAAUAUUGACUCGAUCACAAUCGAUGCUACUACUCUCACGGAUAAUAUAACUCCGCAUAUUACUUUCAACGCUGAUGGAACGAUAUUAAACAACAAUGCAAUGCUGUCAAUAAAUGAAAGUACUCAGCUCGUAGCCAAUCUACAUUUUCUUCUUGCUAAUGGGCUCGUCACCAUACAGACUGAUGAUGCUUUGUUAGAGCAAUUACCUAAUGGUGAGACUGAUGUUAUGGAAAAUCACGCUACUGUUGAUGGAUUAAUAGACACAGAAGCUUUAGUAAACGAGCCAACAGAAACUUUAAUCAAUAAUCCCGAAUUAGAUGAUUCGAAUCCACAGGCAGUUUUAUAUGACACUGAGAACAUAUCAAAUGUUGGCACUGAGUGUCAUGCUACGCUUACUCUAGAACAAUGCAUGGAGAUGGCAAACCCAGAAGCAAUAGCUUUGCUGCCAGAAGCUAACAAGAGCAAACCAAAAUCCACGGUCAACAAACUGCAGGUCAAAAGAGAGUGUGAUGUUUGCGGAAAAACGUUCCUCAAACCGUGUCAAAUGGAGAGACACAAGCGAACACAUACUGGAGAAAGGCCUUACAAAUGUGAUUCAUGUGAAAAGUCUUUUGCCCAGAAAAGUACGCUAACAAUGCAUGAGAAACAUCAUACAGGAGUCAGACCACAUCCUUGCCCUGUUUGUGAAUUUUCCUUCACUCAGAAAGGAAAUUUAAAGACACAUCUCAAGCGGGCUCACAGCCAAUAUAGCUUGCAAUGAAUAAACCUAUUUCCAUAGUUAUCGGCUUAGCUGAUCUCCGACUCGCAAUGAUCUGUUAUUUUAUUCUGUACCCCAUUUUUACACUUUGUGCUAAUGAUCGCUGAACUGGAUGUAAAUAUUGUAUAUUGGAAUAAUACAAACACUAUUUUAAAGUUA